GCAGUUUAGAUGGGAGCGGAGCGGCGCUAAGGAGGUUUUUGUUCCGGGCCCGGCCGCCGCCAUCUUGUGUCAGUGCGGGUCGGAGGAGGAAGAGGCAACAGCGCAGAGCGGUGACUCGGCAGCAGCAGCGGCCGCGGCGGGGCCUGACACAGCCUCAUUGGAUGGAGGGGGCAGGGAUUUCAGAGAAGAGCCAGAAUAAAAAAUCCAGGGGGUCAGUCAGCAGGGAGCAAUGGGCACAGAUGUCCAGCUCGCCGUUGUCCAAGAAGCGUCGCUUGUCUGAUUCAGAGACGAAGACGGGUUCAAACUGCUCUUCUGGCAAAUCCGUACAGACUGAUCUGCGCGAGGCGCCUGCCAACGGUAUGGCCAAGAAUGGAAGUGAAACAGACAUUGAUGAGGGUCUGUACUCAAGGCAGCUAUACGUGCUGGGCCAUGAGGCCAUGAAGCGAAUGCAGAAUGCCAGCAUUCUAGUGUCAGGCCUGCGAGGACUGGGUGUGGAGAUUGCCAAGAACAUCAUCUUGGGUGGAGUUAAAUCUGUCACAAUUCAUGACCAGGGUGUGGCUGAGUGGUCUGACCUCUCUUCCCAGUUCUACCUACGUGAGGAGGACCUGGGAAAGAAUCGGGCUGAGGUAUCCCAGCCACGGCUUGCUGAGCUCAACUCCUAUGUACCUGUUACUGCCUACACUGGGCCCCUCAGUGAGGACUUCCUCAGCAACUUUCAGGUGGUUGUGCUCACCAAUUGUCCCCUGGAGGAGCAGCUGCGCAUUGGUGACUUCUGCCACAAUGAAGACAUUAAGCUGGUAGUGGCAGAUACAAAGGGUCUCUUUGGCCAGUUGUUCUGUGACUUUGGUGAUGACAUGGUUGUGACAGACACUAAUGGGGAGCAGCCACUCAGCGCCAUGGUCUCCAUGAUUACCAAGGGGUGCCCUGGAGAGGUAACCUGUCUGGAUGAGGCUCGGCAUGGCUUUGAGACUGGGGACUUUGUUUCUUUCACUGAAGUUGAGGGCAUGAAGGAGCUCAACAGCUGUGAACCGAUGGAAAUCAAAGUGCUUGGCCCUUACACAUUCAGCAUUGGCGACACCUCCAACUUCUCAGAUUAUGUACGUGGUGGUAUCGUCACCCAGGUCAAGAUGCCAAAAAAGAUUAGUUUUAAAUCUCUGCGUACAUCUCUGCCAGAGCCAGAGUUUAUUAUCACUGACUUUGGCAAGUUUGACCGACCAGGACAGUUGCAUUUGGGAUUCCAGGCUUUGCAUGAGUUCCACAAGAAGCAUGGCCGUUUCCCCAAGCCUCGCAGUCAGGCAGAUGCUGAUGAGGUGCUAGCUUUGGUCAAGGAUUUGAAUGAGCAAGCAACACCCCCACUCAGACAAGAGCAGCUAAAUGAGAACGUCAUUAAAGAAUUGGCCUUCCAGGCCAGUGGAGACCUGGCACCUGUCAAUGCCUUCGUUGGGGGCCUGGCUGCACAAGAAGUCAUGAAGGCUUGCUCAGGCAAAUUCAUGCCUAUCACACAGUGGCUGUACUUUGAUGCACUGGAGUGCUUGCCUGAGGAAAACAAGGAUGUUCUGACUGAGGAGAAGUGUUCCCCUAAACACUGUCGAUACGAUGGGCAAAUUGCUGUCUUUGGCAGUGACCUGCAGGAUAAGCUGGGUCAGCAGAAGUAUUUUCUGGUUGGAGCUGGUGCCAUUGGCUGUGAGCUGCUGAAGAACUUUGCUAUGAUUGGUCUAGGGUGUGGGCAAGGUGGAGAGGUGGCUGUGACUGACAUGGACACAAUUGAGAAAUCAAACCUCAACCGGCAAUUCCUCUUCCGGCCUUGGGAUGUUACAAAAAUGAAAUCUGAUACAGCGGCAGCAGCUGUGAAGGAAAUGAACCCCAACAUCCACAUCACAAGCCACCAAGACCGCGUGGGCCCAGACACUGAGCGGGUUUAUGAUGACGACUUCUUUGAGAGCCUUGACGGAGUGGCAAAUGCACUGGACAACGUGGAUGCUAGGAUGUACAUGGAUCGUCGCUGCGUCUAUUACCGGAAGCCCCUGCUGGAAUCAGGGACGCUGGGGACCAAAGGGAACAUCCAGGUGGUGAUCCCCUUCCUUACAGAGUCCUACAGCUCCAGCCAGGACCCUCCAGAAAAAUCCAUCCCCAUCUGUACUCUCAAAAACUUUCCCAAUGCCAUUGAGCACACCCUGCAGUGGGCCCGUGAUGAAUUUGAAGGCCUUUUCAAGCAGCCUGCAGAGAAUGUCAAUCAAUACAUCACAGACCCCAAGUUCAUGGAGCGGACCCAGAAGCUGCCAGGUACUCAACCUUUGGAGGUGUUGGAAGCCGUCUACAAGAGCUUGGUGACUGAUCGGCCUAAAUCAUGGGCUGACUGUGUGGCUUGGGCAUGCAACCAUUGGCACACCCAAUACAGUAACAAUAUUCGUCAGCUGCUGCACAACUUCCCUCCAAACCAGAAAACUAAUUCAGGAACUCUCUUCUGGUCAGGUCCAAAGCGAUGCCCUCAUUCACUCACCUAUGAUGUCAACAAUCCCUUGCACAUGGAUUAUGUGGUGGCAGCUGCAAACUUGUUUGCACAAACGUAUGGCAUCACAGGCACCAGGGAUAGAGCAGCCAUAGUGGAGCUGUUGUGCCAGGUGCAAGUUCCAGAAUUCACUCCAAAGUCUGGUGUUCGCAUCCACAUCUCUGAUCAGGAGCUGCAGAAUGCCAAUGCCUCAGUUGAUGACAGCCGAUUGGAGGAGCUGAAAUCCUCGCUCCCAAGUCCCCAGCAACUGCAAGAAUUCAGGAUGUUUCCCAUUGAUUUUGAAAAGGAUGAUGACACAAAUUUCCACAUGGAUUUCAUUGUGGCUGCAUCCAACCUACGAGCAGAGAACUAUGAUAUUCCUCCUGCUGACCGGCACAAGAGCAAGCUGAUUGCAGGGAAAAUCAUACCAGCCAUUGCCACAACGACGGCAGCCGUAGUAGGUUUGGUGUGCCUGGAAUUAUACAAAGUGAUACAGGGCCACAAGCGACUUGAGUCCUACAAGAAUGGCUUCCUCAACCUGGCAUUGCCUUUCUUUGGUUUCUCUGAGCCCAUUUCUUGCCCCAAGAACAAGUAUUAUAGCACUGAGUGGACUUUGUGGGACCGUUUUGAGGUGCAGGGUAUCCAGCCCGAUGGACAGGAGAUGACACUGCGUGAGUUCCUGGCUUAUUUCAAGAAGGAGCACAAGCUGGAGAUAACAAUGCUGUCCCAAGGAGUCUCUAUGCUCUACUCGUUCUUUAUGCAGCCAGCCAAGCUGAAAGAGCGCCAUGACCAGCCGAUGACUGAGAUUGUCACCAGAGUCUCAAAGAAGAAGAUUGGUCGGCAUGUGAAGGCCCUGGUCUUUGAGCUGUGCUGUAAUGACGACAGUGGGGAUGACACAGAGGUGCCCUACGUGCGCUACACCAUCCGCUAGCAAUCCCUUUGUUAGCACCACCCACCUGCCUGCCACGGACUGUUAGUGCGGGGGGAGGGUCCGCCUCCCUCCUUCACCCUUCACGGUUAAAGUGACUCAAAACAUGAAAUAACUUUUGUACCCUUUUAAGAUGUUUUUGUUUUUGUCUCAAUCAGGGCCUGGGCAACUCUCCACUCCUGUGGCUCCACCCUCCCAUCCUUAGACCUUGCAGUUAUGUCAUGUUUUUGAGGCGCCUUAACCCCCCCAUCUCCCAUCCUGUCCUUUAAUGUUAGUCGUGUUGUGUUUUGGCUCCUGCACCACCACCUCCCCUCCCCCUCCAUCAGUCUCACUGGUGGGUGAGGCUGCAUCCUCUCUCAUUGUGUUCUUGAGAGAGGGCUUGUAAUGGGAAGUUCCUCCUCAUCUUCUGACCACCUGGAGGCCUUGCCCUGGCUAGCUUUGGGGGGAGCGGAUGCGAUGGGUGGAGAGCGUAGGUCAGAACUGGUAAAAAAAAGUAAAUGAGUCAAUAAACGUUUGCAAAAGCCAGUGGUCCUUUAUUGUUCAACCAGGGAACCAAAGAAGGAUUGCUGAAGUGUACGUAACUUGAAAUUGUAACCAUUGUUCAAAUGCCUGGAAUUUUCAUGCUGCUGCUAAGGACUGCCUUGAUUAAGGGAGAUGGAGGUAGGUAGGUGUUGGAUUGGACUGAUAUUAUCUCCGUUUGCAGAUCCAUAUAAGUUCCAUAACCACCUUUGCAAGCAGUUUGUGUUUUCUUAGUCAUGUUUUGUAUGUAGUGCUGCUGUCCGAAGAUUCUUCCCCCACAUACUGCCCCAAAUAUUCACAUGUGGGA